AUGGGCAAUCGACUUGGAGCUGUUCCGCGAAAGCGUGAGAAGCCUGAACAUGCGGCGUUGAAAGUGUCAAUGAAACGGGUCAAAGGACUGGAGCACGUUAACAAGAUGCCAAACAUAAUACCCCGACGUGGAUGCCUUCUACGCCUUCUGAAGCAGAAUCGUGUGCAUGACUACCUUCUCCUUGAAACGGAGUUUAUCAAACGUCAAAAUCAAUUCAAAUCGCUGGAAAGCCAGAAGAGAGAAGAGCGAAAAGUCGUUCAGCAGCUUCGAGGCACACCGACAACUUUGGCCAAGGUUCACGAACUCUUCAACGAUGAGCAGCAUGCAGUGGUUGUAGUCGAAGGAUCGAAAAGGGAAUGGUUCAUACCAAUACUUUCCAUUGUUGAUAAGGAUCUCCUACAUCUCAACGCUCUCGUUAUGGUGAAAGCUAGUGGAAUGUUCAAGAACGUGCCGACAGCAAUUGUUGGCGUACUGCCAGACAGUACGGACUCAUGCGCUCUGGGGCACAAACUCGAAAAACCGCCAAAGGAGACAUUUGAGGACAUUGGCGGUCUGGAGGGUCCGAUACAGGAGAUGAAAGAAUCGGUCGAACUACCACUGACACAUCCGGAGUACUAUGAAGAAAUGGGAAUUACCGCUCCCAAGGGGGUGAUUCUCUAUGGAGAACCGGGUACCGGGAAGACACUACUGGCCAAAGCUGUCGCAAACUCAACCUCUGCUACGUUCAUACGUGCAACCGGCGCUGACCUUGUACAGAAGAAUUCCGGUGACGGUGCAAAAUUAGUGAGGGAAUUGUUCAAAAUGGCAAAAGAAAGCGCUCCGUGUAUCGUGUUCUUGGACGAGAUCGAUGCUGUUGGGACUAAGCGAUUUGACACCUCCAGCAGAGGUGAACAAGAGGUACAACGCACUCUCCUAGAACUCCUAAAUCAGCUGGACGGUUUCGAGAGUAGAGGAGAUGUAAAGAUACACACAUCUGGGAUGAAUCUGGCUAAAGAUGUGACAUACGACGUGGUGAUGUCGAGAGAAGGAGGAAAAACGAUGUCUGGAGCUGAAAUCAAGGCGGUUUGCACCGAAGCCGGUAUGUUGGCAUUACGUGCUCAACGUAAAGUGGUGUGUGCUGAUGAUUUCGAGAAAGCAGUGAAGAAUGUGAUGCUCAAAAACAAAGGCGGUGCUCCUGAUGAAAUCUACGGUUAA